CUUGACUAUUGACACUCUGGUACUCCACUCGCCCUGCGGUCGUCCGACAAAAAAAAUUGGCUGUUCUGUUUUCUCUGUGCGGCCGUGGCCUGUAAAGGCCCUUACUUGUAUCUUUGGUACACAAGAUGGCAUCGACGGCGAGCGUAUCAGCAUACGUGCUGCCCCCAGGAGUCCCCGUCUGUCAGCCUCCUCACCUCGAGGGAGAUGCUUCUCUUGCGACCGAAAUUCUGCCAGGACCUCCUCCUCUAGGCCAUACUCAGCAACAGCCAACGACCAAGAAGCCAUCUACAAUGUACUCGUCCCUCUGGCCCAAUGAUCCUGGCACCACCUACUCUGGCAUCGUCCAUGGCACCUUGAUAGGCCAGGAAUCGAUGGACAUCCUGAAGACUCGUGUCAGGGUGGAUAAAAGCGCCGUCACUGGCCGUGCCCAGCGUGCCUCUGCUCGCAACAACAACAAUAGCGCUCCAACCGCCGACCCUCCUGACCCUCUUCACGCACAGUCGCCCCCCCAUUCGCCGCCAUCGGCCCCGGCAGCGGAUUGGCCCAUGUCCGGAAUCGACGACGACGUGCCCGUAUUGUCCCGUUCUACUUCAUCCCAAAACUUGCAGGAGCUUCCUCCGACGAGCACCAACGGAAGGAUGAAGAGAAAGGAUAAAGGCAAAGGCAAGGAGAUAGAGACGUCUGCUGUCAGAGUCAAAGAGGAGCCCCCGAUGAUAUCUUUGCUCUCGCCCGAACCUGGGCAUCUGAUGACCAACCAAGACCACUGCUCCGCCUGUCGCCAGCUGGGCAAACUCGUGUACUGCGACGGCUGUCCCAGGGCCUUUCACCUCUGGUGUCUUGAUCCGCCGAUAGAAAGCGUCGAUGAGGGUGAUAGUAGAUGGUUUUGUCCGGCAUGUAACAUCCGCAGGGAUCCUCCCAAAAAACCACCCGCUUCCCUUAUAUCUCCCCUGAUUCAUCUGGUCGAUACCUCUAUACCCUCAGAAUUCCAACUUCCUGUCGACGUUCGAACGUUCUUUAAGGACGUUGCAACUGGUGACCGGGGGGCUUACGUUGAUAGCUCAGAGUUAAAACCACCACGGCUCAAUCGGCAUGGCCAAUUAGAAGAUCGCGAUUCUUAUCGAUUAAAGGACAGGAACGGAGCUCCUGUUCUCUGCCAUCGUUGUGGCACCUCUGCUCUUCCUGACAACGUAGCGGCUGCCGCACCGACCGCAAAACGUGCCCGAAGAUCUACAUCAAAAGGUGCACAUUACGAGAUGUGGAAACACAUUGUAUCCUGCGAUUAUUGUGAUUUACAUUGGCACCUGGAUUGCUUGGAUCCUCCUUUAUCAACAAUGCCACCUUUUACUAAAAAGUGGAUGUGCCCUAAUCAUUCAGAACGAAUCCUUCCUCCCCGACGUCGAAUACCGAAGCAAAAUGCGCCUCCCAUCGAAAUCACCAAACCCAGACAGUUUAACAACGGCAAUAUAGACGUCAUUCCGUCUCAGCUUCCAUCAACCGCUAUAUUACACCCCAAAGUCAGUGUGGACGAAGUCCUGAUAAACGGGCGACGAUAUCGGGUUCCCGAACGUAUCAUUUUAUUGGAUUUCUGGAGUAAGGUUAAUAAAACUGCCGUCUCGGGAGAUGUGGAAGACGGUUCUCGAAUGUCGUCGCCGCUGACAUCUUUGAGUUCUUUGGACGAUCUCGAGGAUAGGCCUGGUCCAUCUCAAACCGAAGACAUAGCAUUAGCGCAGAUGCUUUGCGACUUCCGGCUGGGAACUUCAGGAAGUGAUGCGCAGCCCUCAGCCUCGACUAAUCUGAAGCGCACAGAGAUUGCCAGGAAGAGUGCACCUAGGAAUGUUGGUAGACCUCGGCUCAUAAAGAAAAUCCCAAGAAACGCGAAUGGAGGUGCAAGCGCGUCAGGACCUACUGCUAAGCGGAAAAAGUCCACCCCUGUCAUUACGGACCCGAGUGCGCGAGAGUUACGGUCUACAAGGACCAAAAACGGAGCUCCGUCAAAGAGUUCUAGUCGACUGCCCGAAGAUGUUAAUCCAGUGGACCCACUGCCAGAUCCUAUUGCCCCGCCGAAAGCUACGAAGACCGUUCGUGUGAAGGUGGAAGACACUGAUGGUGGCUUGUCCGCAUUGAGUAGAACGAACGGAUCUACUGUUAAGACCACGCGCACGAGAGCCAUACGGCGACCGCCCGCCAAAGACGAAGACGUCGUUGAUAAACCUAAGCGAGGUAGGAAGCGGCAGAGAGCGGAUGAGGAUGGUGAUGAUGAUGGAGAUCCUACUUACCAUGGACCUAAAGGGAAGGCAGUCGGCAAAUCAGCCUCAGCCUCAGCCCCAAAGAGCCGAAGAAAGUCAGCCCGUACACCUUCACAUCCCGGGCCAGUUUCUGCUCCCCAGUCUGCUCUUACUAGCACCGCCACCACUCCAGGGACGUCUUCGCUAAAAAUUCGACUCCCUCGGCUGAACACGCUGAAUCCUCCCUCUGCUGGAGCCCAUAACGAAGACACGUCUACCCGUGUGUAGGACGUUUCCGGUUGGGACUUGCUUCCGUUGCAUAACGUCAUCUCUUUGCUGAUACUCAUGAUUAUUUAUUGCCUAAUCAUUGCAAGAUUCAUUGACAUCCGCUCUUUUAUCCUGCUUUCUGCGAACGCCUCACGUUCAUGAUCACUCGCGAUUACCAUCAUAGACGUAGUUGACACAAUAUCUUGCCUGCCAGUGAAUCAGUAUAAUGUUCAUUCCCUGUGUGUAAUCAAAAGGAUAGAGUGCGUAGUGCAAG